UUUACUUUCCGGAAAGAGUGUAUAUCUAAUAAAGAUGACUCUACCGAAAGCGAGACAUCCUACAUUAUCAUCAAUCCUUUGAUGAGAAUGAGGCUAAUUGAAGAAGGCAAUAGAUGCACUCACAAUUUGCCAACAAUGGAAGAAUCUGCUGCAGUUAUUUCUAUUGAGUAUAGCGACAGAACCUUCCGUAACAUCGUUCUUACCUUGAGAGGAAGCAAUAGAAAUGAUAGUCUUGAUCAAGGAUGUGAUUUUGAGCAAGGCUUUCAAUUUAUCGACCAGACACAUGCUGCAUAUAUAUAUACGAAUAAUAUAUUCUGCUAUUUCCUCAGCAUACAAGUGGAACUAGAGACUGUGCCUCUCCUCUUCCCUCUUUACCAUUACUUCUUUGAUCACCGUUCCAGGGGUUUAGUUAAUGAUUCAUGGCCAUCUUGUGCCAUUUUAAUAUCCUUAUCCAUUACUUUUAUGAAAAUUGCUACUCUGAUCGUCAGUUUUUAAUAAAAGUGGAUCACAAUAGGAUGUGCAGUGUGUCUAAAACAGAAAGAGUUUUUCAUUUCAGGAUACAAAACGUAUUGCUGAAGAAAUCAAACAAUGUAACAGGGAGACUGAAUGUGUUUAUGUUGACGAGUUUUUAACAAGUCAGAUUUGUAAUAAGUGUACGACCAAGCAUAUUACCAAUAUAUCUAUUGCUGAGAACAAAAUGUCCUCAAGUGUGGAUCUUGUGGUACGGUGUGGGAUCGUGAUAUGAACAGUGCAUUAAAUAUA